AUGCAGCGACGGGAGUGGUGUGUGCAUCUAGGCUUAGGCUUUCGGGUGACUGGGUUAUGCUUGUCCGGCGGCUAUGAGGAUAGUCCAAUAGCUGGGGCCCCGAGCGGCGCGAGGGUGUGGGCGGGGAAGGGGCUGCAAGCGAUAUGCCCAGCGAGCACGCGGUUCGAGGAGGGGCGGCGGCCAGCCGGGCUGCUUGGGGAAGCCUGCUUUCUGGGUGCAGUGCUCGUCGCGGACGACGGCGAUGUCCUUGGAGGUGAAGGUCUUCGGGCGGCGGGGCGCCUUGCAGUCGUACUCGCGGUGGGCCCGGCCUGGUUGGCAGCGACGACUGUGGGCGGAGAGGUCAGCUGGGCAGUGUGGGCGGGGGCAGACUGGACUGUGGAAGGAGUGCGUGCUCUUGGCGUGGCCGCCGUCGGUGUCCUGCACCAGCCACUCGGGCAGUCGGGCAGGUCGGCGCAGACGAAGUCGGCUGGCCCGUCGCUGGGCGUGGGUCACCGCCAGCGAGGAAACCUUACCGGUGCUGCCCCUUCCAGCCCCACGCCCUUCCCCCCACACAUCCACUCCCACCUGGAGCACACUCCCUGGCCGACACCCGACAGAAACCCCUGUCCUGCGCCCGACCGCCCACGACACCCACCCACACACACCCACCCGCACUCCUCCCAGCACCCCUGCCCACCGCCCUCCCUCUCUCCACACACACACGAACACGCCCCGCCGACCGGCACCCGUCCCCCCCGAGCCCCAGGGAGUGCAAAGCAGGCGAACGACACGGCAGACGCGCUGCUGACCCUCUCCCUCCCUCCAUCCCCCAGACGAACACCAGGGGCGGCCGAGAAGACACACGCUCCAGACGAGGCCGCCGACUCGCGCAGCCGAGCGGCGGCCCCGGCCCGCGACUCCCGGCUCCCCGUGGGAGACCCUCCCGACGUACCAACUGCACACAACCGGCCCCGCUCUUUCUGCCGCCGGAUGGAGAGAGAGUCGGCGGAGGGGGCUCGAUGGGCGAGUGUGGAGGAGCACAGGGCUCCCGCGCCGCCCGUGGCGAACACUCCAGACGGCCGGGCCCACCAGACACACCUCUCUGCGCGCCCGACCCGCCGCGCAUCCGCCGCCUCGCUCCCCCCCCCCUCGCGCCUCUCCUCGCCCUGGCCCACGCUCCCAGCUGGCGCUCCGGAUGCGGGCAAGAGGCGCGGCCUGGUCUCCGAGGAGGCCGGCUGCACAGGGUGUGUCCAGCCUUGGCCCGGCGGGGCGUCCAGGGCGCCACAUCCACGAAGCUCGCUCCCGAGGACGCAGCCACGGCUCGCGGCCUCCCUGAGCGCCACCGCUCGCCGCACCCCCUCCAGCCGGCCCCGCGCGGCCCCCUGUGCACACACGCCCGCAAGCCUCGCCCGGACUCCUUCCCGGCUCCCCUCACACACACGGCGAUGCGCCUGGUCGAUGGGGCGUUGGCUGCCGCCGCACGGUCUGCGGAGAAUAUCGAGAGCAACUCCGGCCGCGUGCAUAUCGGAUGCGGAGUGUCGUGGUGCGCGGGGAAGAGCCCUCGAGAUCCACGCGAUCGAAGCGUCCUCCCAAGCCCCAGCUCGUGCGACGAUGCGUAAGAAGAACGCGGACGAGGCAGAGAGCAACGACCAUCGGCUGCUCGCGUCACGCACACCUCGCACCGAUAAUCAAGGGUCUGGACUAGUCGCCAACGGUCGCCUCGGUUCAGGAGGAGCCCAGUCAGCAACACACUCAACGGCUGCAUCGUGUGGCCGCAUGGCUGGUGAGAUGCGCGCCUAA